AUGAGGGUGAGGGGCAACAUUACUAGACGGCGCUGCAUUGGCAAACAUUUGGCAUUUGCGGACAUUAAAGUGGAUGGAGGUGACGAAGUUCUUAAAAUUGUAUUUCAGCGCGAUUCCGAUGCUUGGAACUCAGAAUACGAUGACACAUUUCCCACCAAGAAUUCCAAACUGCCAUACGAUGCUGUGGUAUCUGUGGACCUUUGCGACAAAGACGAAACAACUGAGGAGCGAAAUAAUGGAGCCUUGCAGGUAAAGUCGUGGUUGUUGCUAUCAAAUCCCCGGGAAGAAGCAUUGCGACUUGCCAAACACAAGGAAGGCGGCAUCUCGUGCUCAGACUACUUGAAGGUUCGGGGCACCGCCUAUCUCAAAUACAACAGCCAUCAAAGUGGUGACAAUCCUGAAAAUAGUAAGAAAAAGGCCAACAGUGAUUUGGAAGGCAAACAAGAGAGCAAACAAACUGAUAAUGGCGAAAAAUUGACACAAGACAACCCAAACCCAAAUGACGCUUUCUCUCAUGGUGACAAUCGUUCCAAGAGUAUGCGUGCCAAACUAUUCGCUGCCUGGCUACUAAAGACAUAUGAUGUGGAAGAACUCAAAAAGGGAACUGGAGUGCUAGACGUUGCUGGUGGCAAGGGCAAACUUUCGAUAGAGCUAUCGCUCCAAGGGAUGAUUCCUUGCACCAUUGUUGACCCCUUGGUGCGCAAACAUGGCAAAAAGCUAGAUCCACGAGUAGCAAAACGAAUACGGAUGGCGUCAGCUCCACACCCUGAACUCAUAUCUCGUGAGUUCAAUACCACAAGUUUUGUCCAAGACUACGAGCGUUUGGUUCAAGAUGCGAGCAUGCUUGUGGGUAUUCACCCUGAUGAACCAACAGAAGACAUUUUGGAUCUAGCAUUGAAGUUUGAAAAGCCAGUCGCCAUUGUGCCGUGUUGCGUAUUUCCUGGACUCUUUCCGUUGCGCACUUUAAAUUCUGGCAAAGGUGUCCAAACUUAUGAACAAUUCUUGGAAUAUCUUUUGGCAAAAGACGGCAGACUUCGAAUAGAAAAAUUGCCGUUUGAGGGGAGAAAUCAAAUCAUAUAUCUGGCAACGUGA